AUGGCCAAAGCCCGUAGCGUCGUCCAUCGAUCCCGCCAGAAGACCAAUGAGCAGAGACAAUUCUCCGCCGUCAUCACUGUCAAAGCCAUGAAGGAUCAAGGUACAAGGAUAUGGCUGGGGUGGAGGUGGUCCCCGCGCACCGCUAGCACCGCUAACGACCAAGCCACCACACCACCUCCUGUCAUCAGUCUGGGGAGAAUUGACAUCGCAAGGGGAAUUCAGGUGUUGGUGGUUCAUGCGCCCGGCCUCGGAUUCACGCGCUCCACGUAUUCGCCAUAUAUAGAAAAUUUUGUGUAG